AUGGCACACCCCCAAACCAACGGUCAAACCAAAGUAAUGAAUCAGGCGAUUUUAGAGGGCCUCAAGAAGAGGAUCACGGGCGCGCACGGAGCCUGGGUGGAUGAGCUGCCGAGCGUCCUAUGGGCAAUGUGGACAACCCCAAAAACUGCUUCAGGAGAAUCUCCGUUUAGCCUCGCGUUCGGAAUCGAAGCAGUCCUCCCACCUGAAGUGGUGUUUUCAACCUUGCGUACCUCCGGCUACGAACAAGCAGGUUCCGAGGAGGGCCUAAGAGCAAACCUGGACCUCCUCGAAGAAAGGAGAGCCGAGGUACACCUACGCACUUUAGCGUACAAGAAGGCCGUAGCUCGGGUAUACAACUGCAAGGUUCACCCUCGACCAAUCAAGGUCAGGGAUCUCGUCCUUCGAAAGGCCGAGGUAAGCGACCCGACCCGAGCAAGAGGCAAACUCGCGCCCAACUAG